CCCGCACCAGGUCCCCAGCGCCCUCCGCUCCUCGCCGUCACCCUCCUGCACACGUAGUACAUGAUACACACAUCGAUACAGACAGACGGACAGACAGACAGACAGACAGACGUUCACAGUCUGUAUGUGUUAUGUGUAAUGUGCUGUCCGCCCACCUUUGGGGUAAAGGCGUCAUCACCUUCCUGUACUCAGACAAACAAACACCCACACACAGGCACAUACAUGGCUGGUCUGCGAGCGCUAAGUAUGUGUGUGUGUGUGUCUGUGUGCUCCCGCACCCACCUCAAGAUCGUCGUCAUCUUCGUCGCCACCACCUUCGGAGUCCUCAGGAGGGAUCUCAGGCUCCUCGGGGACAGUCACCUCCUGCAAACACAUGACACACACACACAAAGCAGCGACAGAUAGACAAGCGUGCACAUGCAUAGUGCAGAGAGACCACAGGUGGGUGGCCGUGAAUUUCUUACGGUCGACGGAUCAGUGACGGCCGUGGACUCCUGCAGCUUGCGCAGGGAGGGUGGGUGCUUCAUGUCAGCAGCAACACCGGCCACCAGGAGGGCACCAACAAGGCACAGAAACAGCUUCAUCGUGGGAGAACAAUCCAGGGUUCGGAAUGGACUGAACGCACAGAUGUAGCACUGGAAUGCCGACAGAUGGUUGACGAAUCAAGCAGGCUGCAAGCGGUCGGAGUCUGAUGCAAAACAGAAUGAAUGCGAAGAGGCACAAGACAGUUCUCCCUAUCCAGCCGGUCUCGGAACAUUCCACUUCGCAUUCCGGGAACGAACGAACACUCCGCGAC